CCAUCAACGUCACAGCGCCAGAAACGUCGUCACUCCUGCUCGGGCCUAGCCGCCCAAACAUCAUCAUCACCACCAUCAUCAUCAAGCUCAACCGCGUCUCGGCUGCCUUUCGAAAGCGCGCUUGCAUCUGCCAUCGCCCUGAGCGGGCUGCGCAUCGCUGAUCCCUCUCCAAUGUUAGACCUUCCUCAGGCGCCCUGCCCGCGACGACCCCGUCUGCUCCACCCACGAUUCUCACGAUGAUAGUGUCCCUCUCCAGGUCGGCAACGCUCCGCCAGCCAGGCAAUCAUGGAGGCCAACAAACGCCAUCAGCCGCGACAGCCCGUCACCGCAGCCAUUCGAGAAUUAAGAGAUGAAGCUAUCACGCUCUGUUCCAUGGUCAACGAUCACGCCAAGGCGGCCAAGCUCCCGCCAGACGAGAACACUACUAGAUCACUGGCCACCGAACUCCGCCUAUUCGGCGGCACCCUCUUCAGUCUUGAGUCUCUUGCCUCGGAGAUCGAGCAAGACGGUUCCUUUUCGGCUGGAAUGAUGCCCGGGACAGCACGGCAGCUUCCCUGCCUCCGACGCCUGCGGCAGCCCCUCCAGUCCGUCAGACUGCGCCUCAAGGGCUUCACCCAGUACGACAUCCAACAAACAAAGGAUGAGGUCGUGGCCUGCCGCGCCACUAUUACCUACGUGCUAGCCAAAGCGCGGACCUAUUCCGACUUUGUCACCUUGCUCUCUGUCGUGUACCACGGCAAUGAGCUCUCCAAGGAACCGGAGGAUGUCUGCGAGUGGCUUCAAGUCUUGAACAGCCCUUUCAACAACCGCCGCCCUCGAGAGCACAAUCUCGAGGCGCUCUUUCUCGAGGCUCGACGGGCAGAAUUCCCACAGUACUCUCACGCCGCAAAGUCUUGGCCUUUUUACGCUCGCCUUCACUGGCCCGCGGUCCAAGACCAUGUUCGGGAACUCUUCGUUCUGCCUCGGUCCUGGAGCUUCGUGCAGUGGGCACUCGAGUUUGCGCGGACCACGUUGCCAGCCCAUUUUGGCCCGUCCAGUUUUAAUCACGAGGCCACGAUCCAUCUGACCAAUGCCCUCUGUGACGAAACUCUCACUCCACUUCACUUCGCUGCCGCCCUUGGUCUGCCAGAGCUUUGUCGGAUUCUGGUGGACAGUGGUGCGGAUGUCAACGUCACAGGCGCCUUUGGCUCCCCGCUUUAUAGUGCCUUGCUUGGCACCGAAUUUCUUGCACUAUACAGCUCCCCCAAGUCCUGGACGGAAGUUUUCGUCCAAGACGAUUAUGCAGGGGCACGAACCGCUGUUAUCAUGGUGCUCCUGAAUCGCGGCGCCGACGUGAACUGUCGAUUUCGGGGCCCAGAUGACCAAGCCGUUCCUCUGGCGGCGUUGGCUUUCUGGCACUCCCUGGAUGUCAACAGCCACUUCGUCUUCAAACGGUUUCUUGCUGCCGGUGCCGAGCUGAAUGACACCUUCGCCGAUGUUGUCACUCAGCCAUACCUCGUCGACCAUGCGCAUGCCAAGUCCGAUGUCUUGGCCGUUCUCUUUACGAGCGCAUUCGAUGCUGCCUUUACCGUUGAAGACUCGGCAGUGGCCGACAUUGUCGCCAGCACAAUCGUGGGCGUCAUGCAUGAUUGUAGGAUUGAGAUGACCCCAGAUCCCGAAUUUGAGGGUAAACUCGCCUUCGUCCCGGACGAAACUUAUCCUGAUCUUGUCAUCGACGCAGUGCGGGAUGACGAGAUUCUCUACUUCAAGCGGUUCGCCAUGGAUCCGCGGUUUGAUCCCAAACAGCUUGCACCCCAACACGACGGCGGAACUAUUGCCCAUCUUGCCGUCGACGGCGAUCAGAAUGAAAUGGUGGAAGCUCUCAUUGCUGCUGGUACCGACUUCACUGCACGAGAUGAUGAGGGCCGCACUCCCUUCCUCCUCGUCGAUAGCAUAGACAUGCUGAAGACUUUUGUUUCCCACUCCAUGCCCACGACGGAUGCCGACCAUCGAGGACGCAACAUAUGGCACUACGCGGCUGCCAACAACGACGUUUGCUUCCUAGCGGCCCUCUGCGCCAGAGACCCAGCCCAGAAGCAGAACAUGGUGGCCGUUAACAACAAGGGUUCUUCACCCCUCGACAAGGCUCUUCGAUACACCGACAAGCUUCAGAAAGUGCACGACCCGGUGAGCUGGGCCGAACCGCACGCUGCCCGCUAUCUGUUGGAGCUCGGCGCCAACCUGAAGCUGCCCGCCAUAUAUCCACGAGUUCUGUCGGCCGUAGAAUGGGGCGAGCUGACUAUAGUGGAAAAGCUACUGGAAGGCGGCGAAAGUGCCACCGCUACCAAUGAGAUUGGGAUGAAUGCUCUUCAUCAUCUCAACUUUCAUGCGAGCAUUCAGCUGGUCAGAUACAUGCAACAACUCUGUGCUGACAUGCCCCUGGCUGUGGGAAAGGUCGUGAAUCCUUCUUCCUUAUCAUCCAAAGAUCGCGACAGGCAUAGCCGAAAUGCUGGUCUCACCCCAGCAGAGACGAUCUUCAACAACACGAGAUUAUUCACGGACGGCGUCAACUUUUGCAGCUCGCAACAUCCCUCCUGCCGCGGGAGCAUGUCGCCUGAGGCUUACACCCUACUUCUCACGCCGGAGGUUCUGGCGUACCGGGACUCGUCCAAUGCAUGUACUUGGGAGCGCUUCUGUUCCCGCGUCGUGACGCGUUACGAGUCUUACCUCAAGCCCUAUUCAACCAAUCAUGGGUUCGAAUUUUACUACAAGUCUUUGGAGACGGGCGUUGAAUGCCUCAAAGAUGCCGGGGCCCUUACAGUAUACGAAGAGAGGACAGGCGAGGCCGCCGUGUUAUGCCUCGCUAGGUUCCACGACGAACCCGAGGGCCCCAAGUACAAGUGGCUGCCCUCCAGGCUGCACCUCGUGCGCACCCUGCUUGACUCCUUCGAGAGUCCCCUGACAACUGAGUUCUAUGGCGGGGACGAGGUCCGUGCCUUGGGGGAGCUGAUCUCUGAUCUGGAUUUCGACACCAUGUGGUGGCUGGAGUUGAUGACACGAAUGGGCAGUUCUUAUCGACUGCGCCAGGAGCAAGCCGAGGAAGAUUCAGAGUAGCGGGCUUCAAACCUCGAGCCCGACAUGACGGCAUGGCCCACCCGGAGUCAUAUGCGUGUUUGCGGAGUCUGUUUGGUUCAUAUUUGGAAUUACCGGCGUUCGCAGACGGGCUUUGGAGUUGGGGCGUGCUUGGAGAGGGUCGAGAGGCUUUUGCACGUUUCGAGUACAAGUGCGGUGGAGGGGGCAAAACGUCUACUCGUGUAUUCAUGUAGGAUAACGUGCGUGCGCAUUUGUACAGUUCGCGAAUGUUACAUAACCAUGUCGCAUAAAAUGGCCG